UCCUCCGAGGGCUUGUGGGAGCCUCAGCUCAGGGGCGGGCAGGGGGCGUGGGGAAGGCUGCAGCCAAGAGUCCAGCAGAGAGGAGGAAGCUCUUGCCGGCUGAGCGGGCCCCGGAGGAAGUGAGCAGUGGGGCUCCUGCCUCCUGGCCUGGUCCCCGAAGCCCCCAGAAGAACCCGGAACUUGCUUCCAUUCGGAACCCAGGGACCACCCUUUGCACCCAGUAGGCCUUUGUUUUCCUGCGUGGAAAGCGGUUGGCUCUGGGGGCUCCCUGCUCUGGCCACCAACUUCUGCCGUGUGACUCCCCUGCCUCAAUGUCUGAUUGAGUUUGAAAACACUAGGAAGACCCAAGGGCUGAAAAGGGAGGAAGAGGGAGGCCGGAAGGCGCCAGCCGAGCCGGCGAAGCCUUUGCAGGAGAGGAAGUGGACCAGGAGAACAGGAAGGAGGGCUGGGCUGGCUUCUGGGUCUGCCCCUGUCCCGGGCAUGUGGCGAGCCCAGCCUUCUGCCCGUAAUGAGGACGAGGAAGAUGAACAGUGCUUCUGUCAACCCUGGCCCUUCCGGUUUAUGGGAUGGGAGAUGUCACCAUUCCACGCGUCCACCUCAGCCAGCCCCACACAGGCCGACCGGGGAGGUUUCCCUUAAGCUCAACCUGACAAGCUCUGAGGAGCUUGGGAGGCGAUGGAGCCAGAAUUCUUGUACGACCUGCUGCAGCUCCCCAAGGGGGUGGAGCCCCCAGCAGAGGAGGAGCUCUCAAAAGGAGGAAAGAAGAAAUACCUGCCACCCACUUCCCGGAAGGACCCCAAAUUUGAAGAACUGCAGAAGGUGCUGAUGGAGUGGAUCAACGCCACUCUCCUUCCCGAGCACAUUGUGGUCCGCAGCCUGGAGGAGGACAUGUUUGACGGGCUCAUCCUGCACCACCUAUUCCAGAGGCUGGCGGCGCUCAAGCUGGAAGCGGAGGACAUCGCCCUGACAGCCACAAGCCAGAAGCACAAGCUCACAGUGGUGCUGGAGGCCGUGAACCGGAGUCUGCAGCUGGAGGAGCGGCAGGCCAAGUGGAGCGUGGAGACCAUCUUCAACAAGGACCUGCUGUCCACCCUGCACCUCCUUGUGGCCCUGGCCAAGCGCUUCCAGCCCGACCUGUCCCUCCCAACCAACGUCCAGGUGGAGGUCAUCAGCAUCGAGAGCACCAAGAGUGGUCUGAAGUCAGAGAAGUUGGUGGAACAGCUCACUGAAUACACCACAGACAAGGACCAGCCUCCGAAGGACGUCUUUGAUGAAUUAUUUAAGCUGGCUCCGGAGAAAGUGAACGCAGUGAAAGAGGCCAUCGUGAACUUUGUCAACCAGAAGCUGGACCGCCUGGGCCUGUCUGUGCAGAAUCUGGACACCCAGUUUGCAGACGGGGUCAUCUUACUCUUGCUGAUUGGACAACUUGAAGGCUUCUUCCUGCAUUUAAAGGAAUUCUACCUCACUCCCAACUCUCCUGCAGAAAUGCUGCACAACGUCACCCUGGCGCUGGAGCUGCUGAAGGACGAGGGCCUGCUCAGCUGCCCUGUCAGCCCUGAAGACAUCGUGAACAAGGAUGCCAAGAGCACACUGCGGGUGCUCUAUGGCCUGUUCUGCAAGCACACGCAGAAGGCACACAGGGACAGGACGCCCCGUGGAGCCCCGAAUUGACCCUCACUGCCCCCAAAGCCCGGAGCCUGCCAGUCAGCCCAGCUGGAGGGCCUGAGGCCACAGGAGGUCCUCCCACAGUCCCGCUGUUUCCUGUGCAUUUGUGAACCGCUUCCCUCCCACUCUGUCUCCUGUCUCCAUCGUCGGAUUAUCUUUGAACCCCCUUGUGUGGAUCAUUUUGAGCCGCCUGGCCUUGCUCAGUUUAUUUUAAUAAAAGUAUUUCUGGGAGGGAUUCUGGAGACUUGCCAGGGUCCUGGGGAGGGCCCUUAAACCUGCAGCCUCCCUCCCAUGGGGUGAGUGUGGGUCACAUCAGCCUCUCAUCUCUGGGCCCAGGCUAGUGACAGCCCAGAGAGGUGGCAUCACUCAGGGCUGGGGGCUCUCAGGGACAGGGCCCACAGUCCCAGACCCCAGCUUUUCCAGCCCAGCUCCCCACACCCACCUGCUUCUCACUCGGGAUGAUGGGCCCCAGAUUCACCCUCCAGGGCAGGAGCCCGCAUAGCUCCAUAGCCAUGCCCCCACCCACCGGGAGAAGUGGAUUCAGUGACUGUCAAAGCAACCCGGGCCGUGUCCUGCAGCUGCCCUUGUAGGUUUUGCCCAAAAGUCACAAAGAAGCAAUCUUCGUGGUUGAUUAGUGGGUUCAGGUCAUCUCCAGUCUGUCCUCGGGAGCUGUGGUUUCCCACUCGCUCCAGUGAGACUUGGCAUUUUCUGCACAUAAAGAAGAGUCGUGUGGGAGGAUUGCACAUAGUCGGUC